AUGAGCCACCUCUUCCUCAAAAAGGUCGUCGACCCGCAACCCCUGUCCUACUCGCCCCCGCCCUUUCCAUCCCUCUACUGGCCCUUCCCCGUGGACGGCCAGCAAGUCGUCUACCUCUACGAUGCCGAGACAAUCUGGCGCUUCACGCUCUACUGGACGCUGAUCUGCGUCGUCGGCGUGCACAUUGCGGCCGCCGGGUACGCGUGCAUGAUCCAGUGGCGGAAUUGGAAGGUGAUUUGGGCGGUGCCGGUCUUGUAUACGGUGGUUGGUGGUAUUGAGGCGGUGAUUGCGGGGAAUGUGGUUGGGGGCUUGUUGAGCGGCGUCUAUGUGUCGGGCUACUUUCGAAUGUCGUCCUGGAUUCCCUUUACCUGGGGCAUUGUCUCUGCUUUGGUCUUGAUUCUAUCUUCCUUCGCCAUCCAGGGAGGUCUAUGA